ACGCCGUACAAGCAAACAGAGGACAUGCGGAUUUUUGAAAGAAUCUUCUCCCAAUUACGUGGCAUAUACCAAACCAAAUGAAACUCCAUUUGGGGACAUCUGAUAAAACUAAACCAAGAGAAGCACCAACCACGGCCAAAGCUCCCCCAAAUCAAUCCCUCGCUCCAAGAAGAAAAACCAUUACCGAUCCCGAUCAUUCACACAAAGCCAGCCAGAUAUGCUGAAAGCUCAGCUCUUGUUCAUGUGUGAUCCUUGAAAAAGGAAGGGCAAACCUUAUCAUAACGAUAACUGGGGAAAAGGGUAGAAAAAGUUUUAGAUUAGUUUGUUCCUUUAUCCAGGUCUCUUUGCUUCGAGGAACCCACUUCCCGUUCUCAACCAUGGAGUCAUUUCCCUCCACGAAACCCUCCUCCUCCUCCUACUCAAUCUUCGUAGCCCAAUUCUUCUUGUUCCUCGUUUGCGCCACUCAAGCUAUAAAAACCCCGUUUCACCCACGGGACGUGCUGCCGCUGUUACCCAAGGAAGUUUCCUGGCCGGUCCUUGAUUAUCUCAAUGGGGCGGUGGAUCUUCUCCCGACGUUUGUGGGGGCUGCCUCUUCUCCAGAAAACACCGCGGUGUGGAAAGGCGCGUGCUUUUACGAGAACGAGGCUUGGAUGGAGUUCCACAAUAAGACUGGGAGCCAAUUCGGCGGCGGUACCCUUCACCUUAAGAUCAGUAAAGCUCAUAGCUGGACAUGCAUGGAUCUUUAUCUCUUCGCCACUCCAUAUCGCGUAACUUGGGAUUACUAUUUUGUUUCUCGGGAGCAUACUCUGGAAUUCGAAGAGUGGGAAGGAAGAGCGGAGUAUGAGUAUGUGAAAAACAAGGGGGUCUCAAUUUUUCUCAUGCAAGCAGGGAUGUUGGGAACUCUCAGUGCCCUAUGGGAUGUCUUCCCCUUAUUCACUAAUACCAAGUGGGGUGAGAAUUCUAAUCUUGCUUUCCUUAAGAAGCACAUGGGUGCGAACUUUGAAGCCCGUCCUCUGCCCUGGGUCACCAACAUCACUGUUGAUGAGAUUCACUCUGGAGACUUUCUUGCAAUAUCAAAGAUCCGUGGGAGGUGGGGCGGAUUUGAAACUUUGGAGAAGUGGGUCAGUGGAGCUUAUGCUGGACACUCUGCUGUUUGCUUAAGGGAUUCUGAAGGAAAAUUAUGGGUCGGUGAAUCAGGACAUGAGAACGAGGAGGGAGAAGAUGUUGUUGCCAUAUUACCGUGGGAGGAAUGGUGGGAGUUUGAACUGAAUGAAGAUGACUCCAAUCCCCAUAUUGCUUUGCUUCCUUUGCGCCCUGAAAUCCGAGCCAAGUUCAAUGAGACAGCUGCUUGGGAGUAUGCAUUAAGCAUGGAUGGCCAACCUUAUGGAUACCAUAACUUGAUAUUUAGUUGGAUAGACACUAUCAAUGGCAACUUUCCACCUCCACUUGAUGCUCAUCUGGUAGCUUCUGUUAUGACAAUUUGGAGUCAGAUGCAACCUACUUAUGCUGCAAACAUGUGGAAUGAAGCCUUGAACAAGCGACUUGGAACUGAGGGGCUUGAUUUACCAGCCAUUAUUGUAGAGUCCGAAAAGCGUGGUUCAUCCUUUGGGGAUUUGUUAACAAUUCCGGAACAAGAUGACUGGUUGUACUCGGAUGGGAAGUCUACAUCUUGUGUGGCUUUCAUUCUUGAAAUGUACAAAGAAGCAGGACUCUUUGAUCCAUACUCUAGUGAUAUACAAGUCACCGAGUUCACGAUCAAAGAUGCUUACUCCCUCAACUUCUUUGAGAGCAAUGCAAGCCGUUUGCCAUCCUGGUGCAAUGAUGGGGAUGAUGUGAAGCUGCCCUUUUGCCAGAUCAAGGGGCAGUAUCGAAUGGAAUUACCGGAAUACAAUACCAUGGCUCCUUAUCCCCACAUGAACGAGAGGUGUCCUUCCCUUCCGCCAGACUACUUCAGGCCGCAGGAUUGCUAAAUCGGUCGUAAUCAAUCUCUCUCACUUCCUAUGGAAGUUAUGACAUGGCCAAUGUCAGCGUAGACUGUGCUUGUUUGUCUGUCCUUGUAGUAGUAAAAUUGGCAAAUGCGGACUGCCUAGUACUGUUAGUGAAAGAACAGAAAGAAAAGACAAAUGUAAAGAGCACGAAAGAUGAAGGGUUGGUGUCACUUGUAAAUAUGCAGAUCAUUGUGUAAAGAGAAAGUCAGGGGUUACUGAUGUUAUGUUCUACUGUCCUGGUCUUAAGUUAGUUGUGAUCUUAAUCAAGUUGUUAGCACUUUGAUUUAUCCUUUCCUUUGAAUUCGUGGGUGUAUGAAAUUAGAGAAACAGUUUUUUCUCUGUGUUUAGAUGGUGAUGGCAGUAUGAAUGAGAACAAGAAAAUCUGUCAUUUGCUCUACUCUUCAGGAAAUACUUGCAACUUUCUGUUUGCUCAAAACAAUCAGAAGACUGACACAAAAAGUUUGGUGACAUUCUGUAUGUUUGAAUCUAUGACAGUUUGGUCACUGCUUGCAGUUCCAUAAUCUGGUUGGGAGGGAGGAUGAUGAGAAAUGGAAAGAUAAAAAACAGUGACAGAAGUUAUGGUGAUACAAGAGUUAGGAACCAACAUAAUUUAUGUUUGGGCGUCGAGAAUAGUCUAAUCCCGGUGAAAACAAAGCAUACCGUCGAGAAUAGUCUAUAAAAAGCACAUGUACGAUAAGAUAAUGAUACAGAUGUGUCAAACGAAGCUGCAGGGUGCUUUCAAUACAGAGCUAUCGCCAAAUUCAUAAAUCUCGGUAUGUAUUUUGAGGUUAGUGUUGUAGCAUGUCACGCGUGCUAUUACUCGGCCUUGCUCGGAAUGUGGUUGCCACCGGUUGCGACUUUGUAGAGAUAAAAUGCAGUCAUGAGACCACUGAUACCAGCAAGAAGACCAGCAGGCAUGAUCUUUGAAGUUUGCAGGUAGCGUUGCCCCAUGAUAAACGUCAAAGCAGCAGCACAUACAGUUUCAAUGGCUAAAGCGAAGUAAUUGUUCUUUCUCUUCUCGAAAGCUUUCAAGCUCAAAUACCCAGCUAAGAUUAGUAUAAAACCAGUCCCCGCGCCGCCGCCCAACGACGCCACGCUCCCUUUCUUCAGAUACCCCAUCACUCCUCCCGCCACAAGAAUCAGCCCGUACGGGAUCGUGAAGCAGAAAUCGUGCAUUUCCCCCCUUUUCUUUAUCCCUUUCGCCGGUCGCCGGUCGCUCCUCCCCCUUCUCUUUCAGACGCCUCAGAAUUCGAAGUCUAACCUCGUACCCAGAUCGAAGAAGAAGAAGAAGAAGAAGAAGAAGAAGAAGAAGAAAUCGCCGCCCUUCUUCGCUUUUGCGCUCUGUUCAAAUUGUGGAAUUGUCAACAGAAAACAGAAGCGAGAGCUGUUAUUAACUGUCACGGCGGUGGCGCGUGGAAAAUUCGUUCAGGUCAACUGCUCCCCCUCUGCGCGUCUUUGAAUUUCCAGAACUACCCUCGACCUUGAAACGCCGUCGUUUCCUCGAGACGGAGGUUUUAGGCUCUGCCUCUGUCUCCUCUUCGAAACUGAAACUCGAAAAUCAGCCGAUGAACUCUACCGUCUGUUGCUCCAAAUGCUAGGAAAGCUCCGUUCUUUCCCCAACAGAGUCGCCAGAAUCACCAAAUCUCCUCCCUACUCUUACAUCUCUACUCUCUUCACUCACUCUCAAUCGGAAGAACCAUAUGACCCGCCAUUCUCCGUCAUCUCCAAACCCGCGAAACCACCCAAACCCAAAAAGAAGAAGCAAACCAAGUCUCAGGACAAGAAGACGACCACCACCAUACCCGCCGAGCGGCCCAAGCUGCCGGUGAAAUCCGACCUCCCUUUCGAUUUCAGAUACUCUUACUCCGAGUACAAUCCGGCGGUGGAGCCAAUUGGGUAUCGAGAAAAGAAGAGGUUCUCGCCGUUCGGACCUCGUCGGCUUGACAGGGAAUGGACCGGCACCGCUGCUCCGGCGGAAUUGAAUGUGGAUGAUCAGGAGCGGUACCUGGAGGAGAGGAAUCGGGUGCUGGGUGACCCGCUUACGGCGGAGGAAUUGGAGGAGCUCGUCGAACGGUAUAGGCACAGCGAUUGUUCUCGCCAAAUCAAUCUGGGGAAAGGAGGGGUGACUCAUAAUAUGCUGGAUGAUAUCCACAACCAUUGGAAGCGAGCUGAAGCCGUGAGAAUCAAGUGCUUGGGAGUUCCAACUCUAGACAUGGGCAAUCUCUGCUUCCACCUCGAGUCUAUGGCAUAGGACAAAUCUGGUGGGAAGAUCAUAUACCGCCACAUCAAUGUCCUGCUUUUGUACCGGGGGAGAAACUAUGAUCACAAGAGCCGUCCUCUUGUUCCCUUGAUGCUCUGGAAGCCUUAUCCCCCUAUAUACCCGAGACUGGUCAAGAAUGUCGCGGAUGGGCUAACGUUUGAACAAACCAAAGAAAUGAGGAACAGAGGCCUGAAUGCUCAUCCACUGAUGAAGCUGACCAGGAAUGGAGUGUACGCGAAUGUAGCAGAUAGGGUGAGGGAGGCAUUUGCGACGGAAGACGUUGUGAGGCUUGAUUGCACUCAUGUGGGUACCAGUGACUGCAAAAGGAUUGGUGUAAAGCUUAGGGUUUUUCUUCCCCAUGUCUUGCAAUGCAGGAUUUGGUACCUUGUGUGCCAAUUUUGGUCAAGGAUGAACAGAUUAUACUCUGGAGGGGAACGAUUGAGAAUGAGCAGAGACAUGACUCUCCACCUGUUUUAGCAGAGCCUUCUGAUUGUUGACAUUGAAAGACAGCACUUCUGGUUUCUGACUCAGUGAUCUGCUCCCAUUUCAUGUAACUGAUGAGCCGAAUUACAGCGAUGUAUACGUACGUUUAUCCAAGACAAUUUUUGGAUUGGGAUGCAAAUUUCUAUGUAUACAUUAUAAACAAGGGGCAGUUGUUACUGCGACAUGGUUUUCCCCUUGCAAGGUUGUGAAUUCAGAUAUCUUUGUAGAACAUUCAACAGCACAAUGAGCCAGGGUGUGUUCUUCCGACCAACCUAAGCCAUUCAGCCUACAGGUCCAGAAUGAGUGAAACAACAAUUAUAAUAACAAAAUGUAUGCUGUUAUUGUUCAGGAAAGCUAACCUGCAGCAUGUGGUACAG